AUGGCACGCGCUGUUCUACUGGUUGUCGGCCUCCUCGGCGCGGUCUGCAUUGCCCAGGACAUACUCCUUCAACUUCCUUCGAUUCAAAACCUCACAGUCUCCUUCUUCAAGGAGGGAUCCAUCGCUAAUGAGGACUCCAAUGCCUGCCCUGAUACCGAGUCUGUCACGUUCUCCACCGGAAGCGUACCUUAUAGUAGCGAAAACAUCUGCUAUAACCUCCACGAACUCUUCGCGCCAAACAACACCGAGAACAAUUACCCCGCCAAUUCCUUGUCGUACACGCUGUCCAACAUCCAAGCAUGGGACCCAACGGCGAAUUACUCYCGGAUCAGAUAUGCGCAAUCCAAUGCAACGACCGAAGACCAAAGUGGAGAAGACGCAGCGCUGUACUUCCAGACUUACAACGACCUAGGCUGUAAGCUCAAUCGUGCUCCCGGCUCAAAGUUCCCGAAUCCCAUUCUUCCGUGGAUUGGAUGGAGUUGUCAGAGUUCUUCUGAUGGAGGGGAUUGCUAUACUGUACCUUAUGCGAUCAAGAGUUUUCGUAUGGGAGAUGCUUCGUGGACGAACUCUCUGGGACAAUGCAUGAAUGCCGCGAUUGCGGGUACAGGCAACCGAGGGAGGGAGAUCAGUGCGUGGGGCCUUGUCGUUGUUGUGGGCUUUCUCGCCGUGAAACUGGCCUGA